AUGGUGUUAGACGAGAAUGUAAGCUAGGUGGCCGCACAAUCACAUGAAUCACACCGACUGAGGCUGCACAGCCACACGCGCACGGGAACCGUGCUGAGCGCCCGGGAAUCUUCGGCAGCCGCAGCCGAGCGGAGGGAGCCCUCACCCGGCCACAAAAAAAGCACGCAUCGUCCGGACUAUUCCAACCUGCCUGCACGUUUCUCUUCCUCUUGACUCACAUGCACGUAUCCGGAGUGAAAACCCGUAAUAUUUUGGGAGGUUUGCUUCUUUGAGACGCUUUUUUAAAAGCGUGUUUUAAUCUUUUUCCCCUCUUUUUUUAUUUUUGUUUUUUCCUAUUUUUGUGAUUGUUCGAGGCUGACAGACAAACCGGGGAGGAGAACUGCGUCUUGACGCGGAGAGCUCGGACUUCUUUGGCUGGAGGGCGACAGAAAAAACACACACACCAAACCACAGUCCUUUCUAUUACUUCUUUUUUUUUCGUCCAGCGACUUUAAACUGGGAACGCGCUUCUGAGUUUUCUUUCUCAGUGAGGAUGAGAGGAAAUUAGACGUGUUGUUUCGAGGCUUCGAGAUUGUUUUACUGGAUUUAUUUUGGCUGUGGAGAGCAAAGCGGAGCGAAGCUGCGCGUAAAAAGCGAAAGAGGUCCGUGUGAUUUUGCUAAAAUGCAUCAUCAACAGCGGAUGGCAGCUUUGGGCACAGACAAGGAACUGAGUGACUUAUUGGAUUUUAGCGCGAUGCGAAACAGCGAUUUGAAAAUGUUCCCAUCAUCCAUGAUGUUUUCCCCUCCUGUUAGCAGUGGAAAGAAUGGACAAACCUCCCUAGGGAGUGGACAUUUCUCUGGUUCAAAUAUGGAGGAGAGAUCAAGUGGAGGAUCAUGGGCAAGUGGAAGCCGUUCUUUGAAGAGCUAUGCAGAGGGAUCUCAGUACAUUACAUCACAUGACAGCCUCUCACCUCCAUAUGCUAACUCCAGGCUAACAGGUAAAACAGAGAGGAGUUCAUACGGUUCGUAUGGUAGAGAAUCCAAUCAACAGUGCCAUCAGUCAAUAUUGGGCAGUGAGAUGGGUUUGGGGAGUCCUGGUGCCACAUCGCCGACCAAGCCGCACAGUCAGUAUUACCAGCACUACAGCAGCAACCCCCGCAGAAGACCACUGCAUAUCGACUCUAUGGAAAUUCACCCCAAAAAAGUACGGAAGGUCCCUCCAGGCUUGCCAUCUUCAGUAUACGCUCCAUCUGCCAGUACAGCCGACUACAACAGGGAUUCACCGGGCUAUCCCAAUUCCAAACCAACGAGUUCUGGCUUCCCAAGUUCAUUCUUUAUGCCAGAUGGUCACCACAGUGGCGACCCCUGGAGCAGCAGUAGCAGCAAUGUAAACCAACAGGGUUACCACGGGAGCUUAUUAGGAGGAGGGAACUCUGCCCAUGGCCCCUCUCAGAGCUCCUCCUACUGUGGGGUCCACCCUCACGACAGACUGAGCUAUCCGGCACAUUCAUCAGCAGACAUAAACUCCAGCCUUCCCCCUAUGUCUAGCUUCCACCGAGGAGCUGGAAGCGGACCCAAUCAUUACAGCACCUCCUCUUGCUCCAGCGCUCCCACCAAUGGCACAGACAGCAUUAUGGCUAACCGAGCACAGAGUGGAGCAGCCAGUGGCUCUCAGACAGGAGACGCCUUAGGGAAAGCACUUGCCUCAAUCUACUCUCCUGACCACACGAACAACAGCUACUCGUCCAAUCCUUCAACUCCAGUGGGCUCCCCGCCUACCCUCACAGCUGCCAGUUCAGCUGUCUGGUCCAGGAAUGGCGGACAGGGGGCAUCAUCGCCAAACUACGAGGCUCCACUACAUUCGCUGCAAAGUCGCAUCGAGGACCGUUUGGAACGUUUGGACGAUGCAAUCCACGUACUGCGAAGCCAUGCUGUAGGCACAUCAACAGCCAUGACCAGUGGACACGGUGACAUGCACGGCCUUAUUGGGGCCGCACACACGCACAACGGCGCGAUGGGUUCUCUUGGAAGUGGCUACGGAACGGGACUACUGUCAGGCAACAGACACUCACUCAUGGUGAACUCUCACAGGGAAGACGGCAGCAUGGGCGCUUUACGCGGUGGCCACUCGAUGACGGGAGGUCAGGUGCCUCAGCUGCCUGCUCAGUCAGCCACCUCGCCAGACCUCAGUCAACCCGACCCUUACCGCACUCUGUCUGGAGGCCUUCAGGGCCAGAGCACGUCCUCCAUCAGCUCAGAGAUCAAGUCUGAGGACGAAGGAGACGAGAACCUCCUGCAGGACUCCAAACCCUUGGACCCCAAGAAGGAAGACAUUGACAGCAAGGAUCUCAAAGGAAUUGAUAGGUCAAGAUCUAGCAACAACGACGAUGAGGACCUGUCUCCAGAGCAGAAGAUGGAGAGGGAGCGGGAGCGGAGAAUGGCCAACAAUGCUCGAGAGCGCUUGCGAGUACGCGACAUCAACGAAGCAUUCAAGGAGCUCGGCAGGAUGGUCCAGUUGCAUUUGAAGAGCGAUAAACCGCAGACCAAGUUACUUAUUCUUCACCAGGCCGUGGCGGUUAUUCUCAGUCUGGAGCAGCAAGUCAGAGAGAGAAACCUGAAUCCGAAGGCAGCCUGUUUGAAACGCCGUGAAGAGGAGAAGGUCACCGUGGGAUCAGACGGCACUCCCCUCUCACUAGCUGCAGCGCACCAUGCCGCCAUGGGCGAUGGGUCGAACCCGUUGGGACAAAUGUAAAAUGCAGCAACAUCCUCUCCCCCGUAAAUGGUCCAAGGUGCCAGAGUUCAUCAAAAUGAUGAGUGACCACUUCCUCUGACGGCGUUUCCUUGACAUCCAAGCAAUCAUUCAAACCUAUUGUUGCUUCGGCCAGACCAAUCAAGAUUCUCCGCACCAGUCCGAUGGGCCUCAGUGUUUCCUCUCAUGUCUUCUAAUCCUCCUCUUCAAUUUUGCCUAUUUCCUCUAUCAAGCAAACAAACGGCACAGUCACGGGAUGCUUUGCAUCUUCAAUUGAAGUGAACUUCUACUUCGCGGAGACAUCCAUUGGCCGAUGCAACACGGCUUCUUUUAGGUUGCUGUCUAUGGGAGACUUUGUUGUGAAGUUACCGCAAUGGGGGAAAAAAAACAUGGAUUCAACAAUCAUUUAAGAAAUUCUUCUACUUUUACAACUACCACCAUUCCCACUUUUAAAGAACAUUGGGCUUCUAAAUAAGAUACGUAUGUGUAGUACUGUAUAUGUAUAAAUAUAUAGAAAAACAAUGAAAAACAACUGGACACAUGCAGUGAGCAGUAUAGGGAAUAGGGGAGGCAAACAAAACAUAUCAAAUAUUUGAAGAGAUUUUUCUAGCAACAAUGUGCAGCCUCAGCAUGUCUCUGACUGAAUGGCAAACUUAUGCCACACUGUGGAUGAAGCUGUGCCUGAUGUCAACUGACGAUGCAACACAGUCAGAUCAAUACACACGGAAAAACAACAGAAACACAAUAAGAUGAACCCUUUUAAAGUUUCUUCCUAGCCACAAGCAUUUGCGGUCCAAGUAUAGGUCCAAAAGCAUUACAUUCUUAGGAUGCUCGAAUCUUUAAAAUGGCAAUAGUAAAAAUACAUUUUAUCUUUGAAAAAUACCUGGCAAAAGGCGAACUCUAAAAAUUUUCAGACAGAACUUCAGAAUAUUCACUAUUGUUUCAUUCAUAUAUCCAUUUAACCAUAACAUAAACAUCCAUCUAUUUUCUCUACUCCUUAUCCUGUUUAGGACAGCAGGUGAUCUAAAGGUACAACCUCAUGUGGUCACCUGGUAAUAACAGUACAAUGGUACCUAUACUUACGAAAUGAAUUGGUUCUGGAAAUAGUUUCGUAACCUGAAAAUUCUGUAAGUGGAGACCCGUUUUCCAUGUACAGUGGUAUGAAAAAGUAUCUGAACCUUUUGGAAUUUGUCACAUUUCUGCAUGAAAUCACCAUCAAAUGUGAUCUGAUCUUUGUCAAAAUCACACAGAUGAAAAAAACGGUGUCUGCUUUAAAUAAAACAACCCAAACAUUUGUAAGUUUUCAUAUUUUAAUGAGGAUAGUAUGGAAACAAUGAGAAAGGCGGAAAAAUUAAUAAGUGAACCAUCACAUUUAAUAUGUUGUAGCCCCCCCUUGGCAGCAAUAACUUCAACCAGAUGCUUUCUGUAGCUGCAGAUCAGUCUGUCACAUCGAUCAGGACUAAUCUUGACCCAUUCUUCUCUACAAAACUGCUGUAGUUCAGUCAGAUUCCUGGGAUGUCUGGCAUGAACCGCUGUCUUAAGGUCAUGCCACAGCAUCUCAAUGGGGUCCAACUCUGGACUUUGACUUGGCCACUCCAGAACGUGUAUUUUGUUCUUCUGAAAAUAUUCUGAAGUUGAUUUACUUCUGUGUUUUGGAUCCUUGUCUUGUUGCAGCAUCCAUCCUCUUUUUAGCUUCAACUGUCUGACAGACGGCCUCAGGUUUUCCUGCAAAACAUCCUGAUAGACUUUUAAAUUCAUUCUUCCAUUAAUGAUUGCAAGUUGUCCAUGCCCUGAGGCACCAAAACAACCCCAAAUCAUAUUGCUCCCUCCGCCAUGCUUCCUGGCAGGGAUGAGGUGUUGAUGUUGAUGAGCUGUUCCAUUUUUCCUCCACACAUGACAUUGUGUGUUCCUCCCAAACAAUUCAACUUUGGUUUCAUCAGUCCACAAAAUAUUUUACCAAUACUUCUGUGGAGUGUCCAAGUGCCUUUUUGCGAACAUUAAAUGAGCAACAAUGUUUUUUGUUUUUUUUUUAGACAGCAGUGGCUUCCUCCAUGGAGUCCUCCCAUGAACACCAUUCUUGGCCAUACUUUUACAUAUAGUUGAUGUGUUCACAGAGAUAUUAGACUGUGCCAGUGAUUUCUGUAAGUCUUUAGCUGACACUAUAGGGUUCUUUUUUACCUCUUUGAGUAUUCUGCGCUGAACUCUUGGCGUCAUCUUUGGUGGAUGGCCACUCCUUGGGAGAGGAGCAACAGUGUCAAACUCUCUCCAUUUGUAGACAACUUCUCUGACUGUCGAUUGAUGAACAUCCAGACUCUUGGUAAAAAUUGGUUCCAAUUGCUAUUUGAGUCUCCUUAGGCAGAGGGUUCACUUACUUAUUUUUCCUCCUUCUGUCAUUGUUUGCAUGCUAUCCUCAUUAAAAUAUGAAAACCUAUAAAUGUUUUGGUGGUUUUAGUUAAAGCAGACACUGUUUUUUAAUCAGUGUGAUUUUAACAAAGAUCAGAUAACAUCUGAUGGUGAUUUUAUGCAGAAAUGUGAAAAAUUUCAAAAGGAUACUUUUACAUACCACUGCAAAUGCACUAAUGCGUUCCAAGCCACCAAACAUUCAGACAUGAAUCUUUUAUAAUGCAUAAAAAUGCAUCAAAACAUGUAACAAAUACAUGUUACAAUUAGAUUAUUGCGCAAUAAACUUAAAAACAGAGUUGUGCAUAAUGUAAAAAACCAAGAAUAGUGUAAAGAUUAAAAGUUAACACAACUCAUGUAAAGCUGUCGGCACACGAGGGGCGAAUAAAGAGGACUCUGGGGUACACACUUACACAUACAGUAGAGGUCCCUCUUAGCCAAUUGGAUGCCAGGAAUGCGAGGCAAUAGCCAUUGGCAGAGCAGCUAUAAUUAUGUUACGUUCAGUAAACUCUGGAAGCUGUGAGUUCCAGCCAUAUUGUAUUUUUGCCUUUCGUUGUCCUGAAAUUUCUUUACUAACAAGAGGUAAUUUCCCAUUGAAAUUAUGUAUAUAGAGACGUUCGUAAGUAGAGGUACCACUGCAUAUCAAACCAGAAGGAAAAAUUGGACGGAAUGGUUAUUUUGCAUUGCUGAUGCUAAACUAUUUGACACUUCAUCAUAAAUGACCUUGAUAAUACUAAAAGUGAAUUAUAUUAAUGACAAAUCAACUGAGGGUUAGGGGUAAUUAAAUCACUGAAAUGUAUUGCUUAAGUGGGGUAAAAAAUAGACAAAUCAUAAAAUAAUAUUGAGAGUUCUUCUGAAUUUGUCAAGAAGUUAGUGUGAAUGAUCAUCACAAUCAUCAUGGCAUCGUCAAAAACACCCCAACUUUUAUCUUUGCAUCAAAGAUAGACACAGGAUAGGAAAAAAAAAAAGAAAUAGGGCUGAGUGACAAAGUGUAUUUUAUUAUGUUGUGCACAUUCCACAAUCAUAACUCAAGCUACUCAACUUUGAGAGCUGAGGAAGUCUGACCAGGAAAAAAAUGGACCAACUUCCAUUGAGGUUUUAAGAGUUAAAAAGAACAUUAAGUCAAAAAGACAAAAUGGUAAUGCAGCACGGGAAGUAUGGAUGCAUAAAUAUCUCCUCUUAGUGACUGUUUAUUAAUAGAACCACUACACUCACCAAAAGCUAAACCAACUCUUGUUGACAAGUAUUAACUCUUUCAGUGCCAAUGACGAUGAUAAACGUCCAAUCCUGUGGCUCUAUGUGAAAUUAAAUGGAUUUAUCGCAAUAAGCUAUUGCUGGUGAAACAUUCCCAUCGUGAAAGAAAAAUCUCGAAUUUUGUGCCGUCCAGAGUUACUAUGUCUGACUGAAUACCCGUGUUCUUUGCAGCAGCCAAAGUCAUUGUUCAUUAGACACACAUAAACAGGGGUGAAAGUGGCUAAAAUGUCUUGCUGGAACUCCUUGACAUAGCGGUCGCCACGGAGGUAAAAAAAAAAAAAAUUCAAACCUCCUAAAACCACAGAAAUGUAAAGAAAACAGCUUUCGGCAGUUAUAUCUGUAACACACAAUUAAACACCACAGGUUUUACACAGUGCACUAGACUACUGCAUUACACUUACUGUAAUAAGGCAUACAUGAGAAACUGAUGUUCAUUCAAAUUUGUUGUUUUUUCAAUUAUGUGCAAAAUAACAGUCAACAAAAUACCCUACAGUAACCCCAAUCCAAGUCUUCUAAAUUUUAUUUUCUCUCGUUUCCUCACAUCUAAAUGCAAAUGAAAUGGAAUAUGUUUUGAAAAUAACGCAAACAUCGCCUUUUUUUUUUUUUAUUAUAAAGAAAUGAAUAGGUUGCCUAACAUAGGUAAGUGAACAAAAAUAAGUCCAAAGUGCACGUUAACUAUUUUGCCUAAUGUAUGACAUUUGAGACAAGCAUUUCUUGACCUAAUUGCAGUAAAAAGGUUUGUUUUGAACCUUGUACUGUUCAGUCUUGCUUUAAUUAUAUAUGUUUUACCACGAGAACUGCAUUUAAUGCUUAAUGUAUAAUUUAUGUUACAAAUUAGAGAUCAUACAUACCAAUUAAUUUAAAAACAAAAUUUUUAAAUAGAUUAUAUCAUAGACUUCAUAAUGUAUUGAGGGGGCACGGGGCCAAUUCUUAGGGCGCCUAUCUCCGUCAAAUUAUUGUGAAUAAAUGCUCAAAUCCCUGAAUUCUUUAUCGAUAUGGCCUUAAAACAGUCCUGAUUUUUGGUUAAAAGCAAAAAAAAAAAAAAAAAAAGUGCAGUUAGCAUUUAUUUUACUUAAAUAUUGCGAACUAUGAGGCUAGUCAGUAAGGAAAUUAGCGGCCGCCAUAUGUAAACAAGGAGUUUUUUCCGUUGAAAAUUCUUUUGAAUUAAUGCUUGAAUCCCCGAAUUCUUUAUAGAUAUGGACAUAUGAGAGUCUCGAUUCUGGGUUAAAAGCAAAAAAACGUGCAGUUUGCAUUUAUUUUACAUAAAUAUUGCAAAGUAUAAUGCCAAUGCUGUAGCGGCUAAUUUUUCCCAAUGAUUUUUUUCACGUUUCAAAAUGCAUGCAUGAUACGAAAAAUAUGAUAAUUACCUUGAAUCCUCGAACAAACCACUCCUGAGAUGGUCUUUCCUGUUUAUAUGUAGUACAAAUUUCGUACUUUUUCAAUCUAAAUCCGGCGCUAGAUCGCUGCAUGUGACCGACUGCUAAUAAAUGAAGCGGAGUGUGGGAUAGCCCCCUUCGGGAAGGUGUGAUGCAGUGAAUGGUGAAUGUGUCACGUCAAUGUAUUAUGAAGUCUAUGACUAUAUUAUGUUUAAUGACCACAUAUAGAUUUGAAAAUUUGACGCAUUGAAUGGCGAAUGUCUCACGUCAAUGUAUUAUGAAGUCUGUGACUAUAUUAUAUUUAAUGACCACAUAUAGAUUUGAAAAAUUAAAAAAAAUAAUAUCUGAAUUUUCUGCUCAUUAUUUCUGGGGUCAGGCAUUGUAGGGUAACAUGGAAGAUGUUCUGAACUGCCCCAUUGGAGCAUAUAAAAUUUUAGAAAAUAAGCCUCUUCAACUCUUUUGUUUCUCUUAAAGAUCUGAUCAAUUUUUCGUUGCAUUGCCCCUUGUUCUUUUUUUUUUUUGUUGUCCCAGAAACGUGCAUUUAAACCAAUCAGAGCUAACUAUCCAUGCUGAUCAUAUAUCAGUAUGUUAGUCAAUUGAACAGACUACAGUCCGGGCAGUGUUGUUAUGCGCAUGCGGACAUAGACGCAAGUCGACUGUCUCAUCGGACUCAGAUACACAUGCUGGGAGAACUCAGUGGAAUAAAUAAAUAAAUAUCGGUGGAAACGGAUGACGCUACACAAGCACUUUAUUAGGCUUGUUGUUAACUCUUGUGUAUGUAAAUCUGACCUUAGUAGAUUGUUUACAUCUACGAGAUGCUUGUGUGGCAGCCUGGCAGUUUUUUUUUUAACAUGGAGGUUUGACAGUUGCCGUCAUAUUUUCCGGAUCAAAGCACCGUUCCGCCCCUGAAUUUUAUACUGGAACGGCGUUCCGGCCCACUUUCACCCCUGCAUGUAUAGGAGUAAGCUAUUCAAUUGAGGAAGGCCCAAUAGGUCAGGACAGUGUUCCAACUCAAUAUGCUUCAGCUUUUCAACCAUGGUUAUGUUUCGGAUAUUGAAAUAAUUCACUCCAGAGAUUAAGCCUCGCCCAUCAUACAGCGAAUGGUCAGCGUGGAGUGAAUGUUACUGUCAACAAAACUGUCUGAACAGUGAUUUAAAUUACAAUAGAAAUAUUGGCCAGUGCCUGAUAACAUCAGGUUGCAUUGAAUGUCGAACAGAGGUUACCACCUAGUUACAGUUUUUGAAAUUUUGAAUUUUUGAAAGCCAAUAUGUUUUAUUCCAAAUCACACUGCUGUCCUCUCUGCUAACCCAUGCCUUAUGAGCCCUAAAAUUGAGGUCGAGCUUCCCCCAAGCCCUAACCCCUAGAAUGGUCCCAGAGAUGCAAUUUGAACAUACACACUUCUACCAAAGUGCCUUUUUAGAAUUCAUAUCAUUGAAGUUGCCAGAGAAGGACCUGGUCUUUCAUAGGAUGCAAGCUUAGGGAAACUUGUUGUUUGUCAUUAGGUUCUAUGCAGUCAGGUUUUUGUACCAGACCUGGGAAUUUAAAAAAUAAAAAAAUAAAAAGUGAAAAAAAAUAAAUUAAAAAAAAUAUUUUGGAUUAAAAAACAAAACAAACAAAAAUAAAGUGUAUUUGAUGUGCUGUAUGCUUAUGUGUAACUAGAGCGUGUUCUGACAGACAUUUGAUUUAGCAAAAUGAGCCCUCGCCCCAGUUCUCCAUGUCCCUUGGAAGACAUCCAUUAUCCUGAACUCAGCCCAGUUUUCACGGUGAACACGUCUCUUCUUGUAAUAUAGCUGAUCGGCUUUUUAUCAAUAUUUGAUGGGCUUUUCCUUGAGCCAAUGUAGUCUUCAGUACAACGUGUGUGGUUGUAUGUUGUAAAGCGCUUUUUUCUCCUUUUAUUUUUUAAAGAAAAUAAUUUUCUUGUUCAUUUUUAUUUGUAUGUUCUGGUUUACAUGUCUAUUACCAAAAAAAUGUAAAAAAAAAAAAAAAAAUGCAAUAAAAAAUACAAUAAAAAUUUGAAAUGAAAAUUUUAAAAAAAAUCAACACAAUUUGUUAUCAUUAGUGUUGUUCUCUGACAAGCGUCAAUAUUGACUCGGUUAAAAUCCUAAUCAAUCAACAAGAUGGCACAGAAACUGGAAAAUAAUCUAUUUGAAUAGAUCGAUUUAUAUAUAAAUGUACAAAAAUAUAUACGAUAUAUAAGGAGGGUGACAUUUUCCUUUUUAAUUUUUUUUCUGUUGCAAAAUAGUUUGCUUGGGGAGGAAUUAUUUUUCCACUGACUGAACUGUCAAGGCCCCCCGUGUUACCAAUCAUGAAAUGACUCUGUUAUGUCUUAUGUUGCUAUGACAACCUCUGCCUCUGACUAAUAUGGCGCCCCGCACAGGACACAAUGGCACCAGAGGUCCAACAGCUACAUUUACUGCUAGCCAUCAUGGCAGUAACACACAGACAUUGUAAAUUGUAUUCAACGAAACGGCAAACCGAACCCAUAUUUUGAAAUUGUGUAUGUAAAAGUUAUAUUUUUACAUGUAGAUGUUGUUAUUUGUGUUCUUAGAUUUUUUUUUGUUUUGUUUUAUUCAGCGUUGUUUUGGGAGGAAAAGUGUGUUCAGAAAAAGUCAUAUUGAAAUCAUUGUAAGAUAAAAAAUUUGCAAUUUUUUUUUUUUUAAUCAUGUUGGAGCUGGUUAGAAUAAUGAUGCUGAUAAGAUCAAAACUGAUUCCAGUAUUUGUUCAUAUCCCCAUGCCUCAUAAUAUGUCCAUUGUAAUUGUAUUUUUUGCAGAUAAAGGUGUAAAUAGUCAGAAAACAAUUCCUGUGAGCUUUCAGUGGGGUGAGGACUUGCCUGUGAGAUGUGACAAUGAUGAUGAUGCUGUUUUUAAUAAAAUAGUAUUUGUCUGGUUACGAUAGCCAGUUGCCAACUCUCCAUUGUCAGUGGUACACGGUACUGUUGUUGUAGUUGCAGACCCAUUGAAGUGGAAAUAACAUUGUCUGUACUUGCACCAGGUACAACUUAUGUCAGAGCCAGCCCAUGCCAGGUUUUAUUUGGUUGAAAAAGAAAUGUGCAAAAAUGCAUUGUAAAAAAAAAAAAAAAUUGGAUUAUAUUCAGACAUAUUUGUUGCAAAAGAACCUUAUUGCA